CUACAGGUGGAGGAAAUGCUAUAUCAAGAAGCUUUAUAAGCAAAGGUUUCGUAUUUUUCGAUGGAGAUGCAACACAGAUCGCAAGUGGUCUGAGCUGAAAGUUCUGUAAAGUUUAAGGAACACCAUGGAGACAUUUGUUUUUCUAUUUCCUCAAUUGAACUUUGCAGCCCCGAAGGAGGAAGCAUAUUUCAAAAUACUUGGUCCAGACGAUUUACCAGUCGCCAGAAUGCAAGAUAACAAACCCAGGUAUAAAGAAAAGGACAAAAAGAGCAGACUAAGCCUCUUACUCACGAGGUCGGGUUCUCAUGAAAACGUCAGCCCUGAAAAAAAGACAGCAAAAAAUACAAACAUUAAUCCAGAAGAUGCUUUCAAAUGGGGCGAAUCCUUUGAAGAACUACUAAAUCAUUCAGAUGGAGUGGAAACCUUCAGCCAGUUCCUGAGGACAGAAUUUAGUGAGGAGAACAUUGAGUUCUGGCUGGCUUGUGAGGACUACAAGAGCACCAGCUCUGAAACUAAACUGCUUUCUAAAGCCAAACAAAUCUAUGCUGUGUACAUAGAGGUGGACGCCCCCAAAGAGAUUAACAUUGACCAUCCAACCAGGGUGGCAAUCCAGCAGAACAUUCGUCAGCCCACAGCAUCUUGCUUCGAUGUGGCACAGAGCAAAGUUUACAGCCUAAUGAAAAAGGACUGCUAUCCAAGGUUCCUGAGCUCUGACAUCUACCUUCGGCUUACUAAGAAGAAAGCCCCCGGUGCCACCAUGUUCCGAAGGAGAUCCAGGUCCUGUGUUUUCAAUGACCAUGGUGAAGCUAGCGCUGACUCAACUGUGUGGUUGUAGCUGAUGAACGCUCCACUUAGCAUUGAUCUGGGAUAUAGCUUUCUCAGCAUCUUCCUUCUCACCCUUCUGUUUUUGAAACAAUUUUAGAAUAUUUGGAGGUUGCAUUGUUUCAGUUAUUUAUUAAUGCAUGCAUGUGUCAUAAAUACUAAAUUAAUAAAUAUAUUUGCCUUGCAAACUAACUGCUUUCACGAAAGUAAAUAAAGUAAAUUAUUUUUCAUGGCCUUUAACCAUAGUCAUUCCUGCAUUUCUUUUGCGUU